UUUUUUUUGGCAAGGCUCCCGUUCACUUUAAUAAACCGAUAGAAAGUAAUAAACAGAACACGUUUAAGUCGGAACUUUCGCUUCACAUUGAUGACGCAAUCAGAAUCGCAACAGCAACAAGAACCCUGACACGGUGUGACACCCAGCAGCCGCUUGUUCAGGGUCUUUAUUCUGAUCUAUCAUUUAAAAGCUUCGUUAAAUGAGGAGACAGGUGAAAAUGGCUCAGUGAAAACGUGCGACAGAGGUAUGGUACGCUGUCACGGUUCCCUGUCAAUGAUCAUGCCUCCAAGGAAGAGACCCCUUGUUCCUGUUAGCGCAAGGCGUCGGACAAAAGAUGAUGAUGAUUAUUUCCCCUUCAACUUGAUGCCAGUGGAGUGUCAACUCCAUGUGCUUUCAUUCCUAAGUGAGGUGGACAAAUGUAACUCAGCACUUGUGUGCUCUAGCUGGAGCUGCCUGGUGCGCUCUGGGAAACUGUGGAGAGUUGCAGACUAUUCUCGCCGUGGAGUCUUUCGUCUUGGACAGGAAGGACUACUCGUGUCCAACAGAGAAUUUGAGCGUUGGAAAUCAUGGGUUCAUCAUUAUACUCACCAUCUCAUAUCUCGUGGGGCUAGUCUGCUUACUCUAAAAGCAAGUUUUGAUUUGGGGGACCAGUGCAAUAAAUGGGAAGAACUCCUCUCUCAUCUAUUGGAAAAUGUCCACUGUAGGGAUCUAAGUCAUUUAGACUUGAACUGGACAUUUACUCUGCUGGAGCCAUUGGACCUCAGAGUCCACUCCGGUUCUAGCUCACAUCAGGAUGUCAUCACUAAAAUGGACCAAGUUAAUAAUUUUCAGAUCCUUUUAGCCAAACUAGCCCAGAGCUGCCCGCGAAUCACCAAAAUGCGGCUGCACUUUGAUUGGUCUGACAAGUCAGUAGCUUUAAUAACUCAAUUCCAACACUUGCGAAUUUUGGAACUAAAAUACUUCUGGGUCUUUAAAGGGGUAAGUCCAAGCACCUUGCAGACACUGACUAAAUCACUGCCUAACCUCAAGUCCCUUACUCUCAAUGUUUUGGUGCCACUUCGGAAUUUGGGCAUUUCAUACACUCUUGAAUCACUGUCACUGGAGUUCCUUGAUGUUUCCCUCAGUCGAGGUCUGGUAUUCUCUUGCCUUAAACUGCCUGUGCUUAGAGAGCUGCGGGCUAAAAAGAUUGUACGGGGGAUUACUCUGGACCGCCGGACCAGGCUCCAAAUCCAGAGCAGGUGGCCUUGCCUGUAUCAGGUCCUGCGGGAGGGGACACCCAAGCUACAGGUGCUCAACAAUGAACGACUCCUUCCAAAUUGGAAAGAGCAGACUUACAAUGAUCUCUCUUCCAUUCUCCAGCAGUCUUGUUACUGCCUGCAGCAUCUGGAUAAUUGGAUCUGGUAAAUGAAUGGUCAGAAAUAAGGGCAUAAAUCUUUCAAGACCCAAUGAAGCAAGGAUGAUAAAUAAUUUUUGAAACUGCUAAACACCCGUCACCAAUUAUUAAACAAGUAUCAAUGAUUAACAAAACUGAGACACCGUAAAAGUGAAAAAGAUCACAUAAAGCAUAGUUUUCAGACCAAGUACCUCUGGUCAGUAACAAAAUUUGAUAUUUGAGGACUAGCUGCACAAUUCGGUUUUAUCAGGUGAAUUAAACUGCCCUGGUCAUAUGUAGAUAAAGAGAUAAAAUCAUAUAAUAUGGGGAAUGCAAAGCAAUGUUUGGUGUGGAUCUUGGCCAUUUGUCAUGUUUUCACAUGCCAACAGAAAAGCAUGAUUUUUAAAAAAAAUUCUAUGUUAAAAUGUUUCCUAUAGAUUAACAUACUAAUAGGAUAAAGCCACCAUGCCAGACUCUCAUUAAACAUUUAAUUUUAAACAUUGAUUUAAUCAAUAUCAGUCUUAAUCUUUUUAAAAUUGGAUUUAUCUUGUAGCAGACUGACAGUAUCUUCACGCUUACAUUAGAGUUUACAGAGAUGAUGUGUUAAGUCAUUCUUUUUCAUCAAUUUAGUGAAAAUGAGCUAGUAUGAGCCUGUAGCUGGUUUUAUGAUGAGUGGUGGUGCACAGACUUGCAGAACUUCCAAAGAUCUAAAGGACCAACUGAUGUGAAAUGUUUUCAUAUAUUGCAUUUUUACAGCCCCCUACAGAUGAUUGCUUUCCCAUCCACUGAAUUUUUAUUCAUAGACAGAACAGGUCUUGUUUGUGUAGUGCUUCAUACUUAUCCAUAGAGGUCCUUUUAGCUUCAAGUUUUUAUACAACCAGCAGUGUUUCCCUCUGUGCGUAUUACCUUAAUUUAUUAGUUUGCACUGAUUUUUAUGCUUAAAGGCAAUCAAAUAAUUCAGUGUGUUUUAAAUAUUGAAUUGUUAAAGACUGCCAGAAUAAAAUAGACUGGUUUGACUGUCCAUA